GCGCGCAGGCAGAGGCGGUGCGGGCCGCGGGGCAGGGGCGCUAUGCCGUUCGUGGAGCUGGACACCAGCCUGCCGGCCGAGCGGCUGCCGCCGGGGCUGGCGCAGACCCUGUGCGCCGCCGCCGCGGACAUCCUGGGCAAGCCGGCGGAGAGGGUGAACGUGACGGUGCGGAGCGGGCUGCCCAUGGUGCUGUCGGGCUCGGCCGAGCCGUGCGCCCAGCUGGUCGUGUCCUCCAUCGGCGUGGUGGGCACGGCGGAGCAGAACAAGGGGCACAGCGCCCGCUUCUUCGACGUCCUGACGGCGCAGCUGGGCCUCGGCCCCGAGCGGAUUGUCAUCCGCUUUUACCCACUGGAGCCCUGGCAGAUCGGCAAGAACAAGACAGUCAUGACAUUCCUGUGAUCCUUUGAGUGGCCCGCGGAACAAAGCAAUGACGAAGGCAACCCGGAGAUGAUCAGCUCUGCCUGUCUACGUAUUUCUUCUUGUGAUCAAAUCUGUGUAGCUCUGCACUUUCAUCUGAAUGAUUCACUUUCGUCUUUGAAUCUACUGUUUAUCUACUUGUUCCCUCUUGUGAUCAAAUCUGCAUAGCCCUGCACUUUUCUCUUUGCAUCCGGUACACACAAAGCUCAAGAGUGAGGCAAUUAACUGUACUGAUUUUACUGAAGUAGUUCAAAGUCUUUGUUUCAAACUCAGGCCUAGACAAAUCUGCUUGUGGCAGUAAAAAGUUUAAUUCUAGAAUGUUUGGCUUUACUGAGGACCAGAGAGGUUCUGAGGUUUAUCUAGUUUUUCUCAUAGUUUGCAAGGCAGAAAAAAUCCUUUUUACUGUUUCUCUGUAGCAGCAGAAGGGUCUCAGGCCAGCGAAGAUGACCUGGAAGUCCAAUUUUUUUCUUUUUCAGGCUCCUCUGAAAGCCCUUUGUGGAACGAGAAGUGAUUAUUGGGAGAGAAGUUUAGGGAUUGAAGGCUCAUGUCAGAUCUUGUGCUCUGUGCUCUGCCAUUGCCACCUCCUGUGACUGCUCCUACAAAGUGUUACUUGUUCACAAGGUUUUCAGGGCUCAAUGUCUGUCUGCUGAUGGCAGUGUCUGAAGGAGAGAGUCACUUCUGAAGACCUGCACUGUGCCACCAGAAAAUAUUUUGAGAUGUUUCUGCUACUGCCAGCUUUAAUUCCUGCUGUCCACUGUUUGUUCAGAGUCCUUUUCCUCGCUGUUAUGGGGAGUUUUGGGAUGAUACAGCAUCCCUCUGUGAUCUGUAGCUUGGUUUCCAGCUCAGUGUCCCUGCAGAGAAGUGGUUUGGGUUUUUAGGACCCGUAUACUCCCUCACUUAAUAACUGGAAUACACAGGGCAUUUUAUUAAAACAAAAGCAGGGUACUUCUUGUGUAUGUGUUGCCUCUGCCUUCUGCUGUUAAUGAAAACAUUUCUCAGUUCCCUUUCACUCUGUGACUUGGUCAGGUGGAGGUCAGGGAGCUCAGCACAUCCCUGGGACGUGGGGGUCUGUGAGAGCACAAGGCUGAAGGCAGCUUUUGUGCUCCUUCAUCUUUCUAAGUGAAGUGUUAUUUGUUUAUGGCUUUAUUGAAAAUACUCCUUCUAAUUGGCAUUUUAACAUUUGUUCCUUACACACCAUAAAUAAUUUCUCUGUUUGACAAGUCUGACAGGAAUAUAUCAAACACAGAUUUGUGUAUCAGGCUGGGGGGACUACACCUUAUCUGGUUAAUAAACUGUAGCAAAGCUUC